AUGGACGCGGGCAGCGACGAGGACAGUGCGUCGCCGUCAGUCAUCACGGCGGUGCGCGUCCGGCCCAUGUCGGACGACGAGCGCAAGGCUGGCUGUCGGCUCAUCGUCGCCAUGGACGGCAACGCGACGAUCGUGACCGACCCCGCCGGCUUGCAUGCGCGGGGGGCACCCGCGUCGCCGGCCCACGCCACGACGCUCUGGAAGCAGUCGUUCACGUACGACAAGAGCUACUGGUCGUACGACCCGUCGGACGUGACGUACGCGAGCCAAGCGCGACUGUACGAAGAGCUUGGCACGCACGUGCUACGGGAUGCGUGGCGCGGCUUCAACUGCUCGCUCUUCGCGUACGGUCAAACGGGCGCGGGCAAGUCGUUUAGCAUGAUGGGCAAAGCGAAAGGCAACAACAACCACUCGCACGCGAUGUCGUCGGCCCACGACGGCUUGAUCCCGCGGCUCUGCCACGGCCUCUUUGAGAAAAUCCAAGCAGUCCCCGACGAUGCGCGGUCGUACCUUGUCAAGAUGAGCUACGUCGAGAUCUACAACGAACGCGUCUACGACCUUCUCAACCGCUCCGACAAGGAUGCACUCAAGGUGCGCGAGCACCCCGACCGCGGCGCGUAUGUCGAGCACGUGAGCCACCACGUGGUGACGAGCUACCACGACAUUGAGUACCUCCUUGGCGAAGGUGCCAAGACGCGGCGAGUGGCCGCGACCGAAAUGAACCAAGUGUCGUCGCGGUCCCACGCGAUUCUAACCCUCUCGCUGCGGCGCGAGCUCAAGGAUGGACAGCGCGUCUCCAAGAUCUGCAUGGUCGACUUGGCGGGCAGUGAGCGCACCGAGCUCGCGCAAGGCACGCGGCUGCGCGAAGCAGCGUACAUCAACAAGUCGCUCUCCGCGCUCGGCGACGUCAUCCACGCCUUGGCCACCAACGUGCAGACACCGGGCACCUCGUUCGUGCAGUUCCGCAACUCGAUUUUGACGCGGCUGCUCAAAGACAGCCUCUGCGGCCAGUCCAAGCUCGUCAUGCUCGCCGCGAUUAGCCCGUGCUGCAUUCACUACGACGAGACCAUGAGCACGCUCAAGUACCUCGAGCGGGUCAAGGUCGCUUUGGCCCAUUCGUCGCCGCCGCUGAUGGAGCUCACACCAUGCGAGACCGACGCGAGUGUCAGCACCCAGCUGCGCCUCGAGAUUUUGGCCCUCCGAGGCCAACUGCGCGUCGCUCAGCAGCAGCCGCAUCGGUGUCGCGUCGAAGACAGCCUCGGGAACGAUGAAAUCUGUGACGACGACGCCGCGACGGAGCCAGAGACCACCGGGUGCCACCAUCUCGGUGUGGCCCACCUCGUCAAUUUGAACCAGGACCCUGCGUUUACCGAAACCAAAUUCUAUUGCAUUGAAGAAGGCGUCACGACCGUCGGGCGACAAGGCGACGGCGACGUCGUGCCCGACAUUGUAUUGGACGGACCCGACAUUUUGCCCUUGCACUGCGUCUUCCAUUGCAACGAAGACGGCGAUGUGAGCGUCAGGCCGGCCCUUCAUGCGUCCAUUUAUCUCAACGGCAAAGAUCUCAGCCAGACGUUCGACGCGUGCCACGUCCCGAACGGCUCGCGAGUGACCCUUGGCGCCCACCACGUCUUUCGCUUUGACCUCCCGCACGUGGCUCUGCCGAGCACGAGUCGCGUGGAUUGGAGCUUUGCCCACAACGAACUGCUGGAGACGCUCUUGCCCACGCGCAGCACACCACCCAGCGGCUCCUGUGACUUGGGAUCGACGGCACCACCCGACGUCUUACCAGCAACAACACGUGCGAGCCAAGACGUGGGCAUCAACUGCUGUCUACCGUCACCAUCCCAAGACGUCAUGGACGCGGCCCAGCAAACCGACACAUGGAGCGCGGUGGCGUGCGUCUCGAGUGCGUCGACGCAGACGGUCGAGGACGACACGAGUAUCAAGUUUAGCGAAAACGACAAGCUUGGCCUCGAGCGCCGAAUCGCCAAGCUCAAACUCGAACUCAAAAAGAAAGAGCGACAGCUCAAGGCAGCACCGGCCUCGAACAACCCGGUGACGAUGCUACCCGUCUUCGAGCCAGAAGCGCUGCCGCCGCCGAUAGCGCAGCCUACGACGCAACGAUCGACGAAAGCCUCUGGCGGUUGCGCCAACACUUGGCCUCGCUUCUCGACUUCGGGCUCGCGACGCGAAUGCCCUACGCAAGACGAUCCGGCGUGGCGCCAUGCCGUGCUCGUGGACCUCGAAACCCUCGUCGAGGCCGUUCCCAAGCCGAAACUUGACGCGCCGUUGGAUGCUAGCCUGCUGCGCAUUCGCAAUCAGCUGGCCGCCAACCUCGAGCUCACGCUUCCGCCGGCGACGGAGGACCCUUAUGUCGACCCGACGUGGCGAACACAGGUGCUCAGUGACAUUGAAGCCAUGGUACUUGCACCGCCGCUGCCCGUCACGAUUGCGCUGCCGCCGUGGCCAUCGAGUCAUGCAUCGUAUGCGCAUCUUCUCGAGAGCUAUGUGCACGCAAGCCAGCACGAGCUCUCGCAGCUCUCGCACGCGUCCUCGACACACUUGGGGUCGUACGCCAAGACGAUUGCGUCGCUCGAAGCAAAGUUCACGUCACUCUGCGUCGCGCUCAACACCAAGUGCCACCAAGAACAAGUGCACUUUCAGGCCCAAUUCCAAAGCACGAGCCUCGAGCUCGCGCGCCACGUCGAGCUGAAGCAAACGCAGCUCCAAGCCGCAUCCUUUGUCUCGGCGCAGCUCCUCGAGCAGCUCCAGACCUCGCUUCAAGCGCAGAUGGACAACGCUACGUCGCAGUACCAGCAACAGCACGAGGCGUGGACGAACGAGCUCCAAACGUUCACCAAGCAGCACUUUGACGCCAUGGCGAGUUGCGGCGCCGAGGCCGCCUUCGCCGACGAGCAAGCACGCAUGCAAGUGGCCGAGUGGGACACCAAGUGCCACCACCUCGUUGCCGAGACCGACGCGGUGCUCUCCGAGACGCGUGCGAUGCAUGCCAAGGAGCUCCGGGCAUUGCGCGAGAAGGCCGCAAUCGAGCUCCGAACCCUCGAGACGCGCCGCAUGCGCGAUGAAGAAGAGUGCAUGCAUGCCACCGAGGCGAUGCUGCGGGCGUUCGAGGUGACGAUGGCGACCCGCGCGCGCGAGCAAGCCGAGUGGGAGACGCAAAAGCAGGACGACCUCGCGGCGCUCCAGGCCGAACACGCGACUGCCAUGAGCUACCUCGAGGCGCAGCACACUAGCAUGUACAGCCAAGCGCGUGAGGCCCGCGAGCUCUACGGCAUGGCGCACGAAGAUGCGCGCGAGCGAUGGCUAGCGACCGCUGCGCAGCUCGAUCGCGCACUCGAGGCAGCGAAAGCGGUCCAUGCAGUCGAAAUGGCCGACGCCAAGGCCAAAGCGGCAAAGCAGCACGGCCUUCACUGCCAAAAGCUCGCCGAGGCCGCGGCGCACUUCGACGCCCGGCUGGCGGCGCUCGAUGCCACGGCCGUCGACGACUCGGUGGCGCAUGCGCGCUUCAUGAAGUCGCUGCGCGCGCGGCAAAUGGCCGAGGAGUCGCAGCUCGCAACGACGGUGCACACGUCGCGCGCGCUCCUCGCCGAGCAGCGCAGCCAGCUCGUUUGGAACGCCAAAGAGGUGCGUGACGCACACGCGUCGCUCCACGCCGAGCACCAGCACCGCGUUGACGAGAUGACGCGCUGCCACGCCAACAUUGUGCGAGACCUCGAAGCGGCGUUCCAAAUGCAAGAGGCCACGCGCGCCAACGAGCUCUUCACGCGAAGCCAGCAGUACGAGGCGGAGCUGGCCGCGCGCGCCCAGCUCGUGCGCGAAGGCCAAGCCAGCGCGAGCAUGCAGAUCGAAGAUGCGAUCGCGACGCAUGGGCGCAUCCUCGAGACAAUCGAAGCGGACUGGAAACGGUGGGUCGAGGCGCAGACGAGCGCGCCGGACGAUCCAUUGAUCGGCGUCGAUGAGCGCCACGCUGCGUACGUCGCUCAGCAAGGUCAGUGCGAUGCCGAGAUCAGCGCACUGCGCCAGCGCUGCAGCGAUGUCGAGCGCCUUGAAGUCGAGCGGCACAAGCACGUGAACGAAGAGCACAAGCUGCGGCUACUGGCAAUGGCGCAGACGCAAGAGGAACACAUGAGCCGGAACAUGAUGACGUGGCACGACGCCGAGAGCCGAACGAUGAACGAAGUUCAACGGCUGCAAGAUCGGUGCACCACGCAACUGGUGGCGAUUGAGAGAGAGCAUGCAGUGCAGCGCCGCCGGCUUGAGGAACUGCAAGACGAACGCCGGCAGCAGCAACAAGUGCAGCUCGGUCGUAUCCAAGCAAACAUGGAUGAAGUCGCGUUUGCCCACGCGCAGACGCUGCGGGACAUUGACGAGAGCCAUGAGCGGCAGCUGGAAGCGCUGCGCGCCGACGCUGCGUCGUCCGAAGAGGCGCGCAUGGAGGCGUUCGAGAGCCAGCGCCGGCGGCACGAGUGGGCGAUGCACCAAGUCGAGAACGCCGCGCAGGACGAGCACACGCGAUGCUUGACGAUGCUCACGGACCUCGCACGCGCGCACCGGGAAACGCUUCUAAGUGCACAGCAGGCGCUCAGUGCUCUCGACAACGACCACCGCGAGUGGGUGCGCGCGUUCGAGUGGCAAGCGAUGCAAGCGAGCUUGAACGCGCGCGAGGUCGAGUUCCAAGCGCGCGUCGCACAGCUGCGCCGUGUCUACGAAGACGACGAGAGGCUCCACGCGGACGAAGCCGCGAUGCUAUUGGUCGCAUGGACCGAGCGCCUCACGUGCGUGCACAUGGAAACCGAAGACGUCCGGUCGCGCUGCGUCGGCGAGAUGCGCACGUUGGCCAUUGCGCAUGCCGACGCGAUCGAGGCGCUGGAGCGCGACCACCAGCAUCGGGCAGAGGACUUUGCACGGGCGCGGGCCAUGGCGGCGCUAAAGCACCAAACGAGCCAGUGGACGGGCGACGCCGUCUCGCUCAACCAGCAAGCGUUUUACGACGAAGCGUGCGUCGCGCUGGACCGCAAGUGGGAAGCCGCCGUCACCGAGCACGACGCCCGCAUGAAAGCUUCGGCCAUCGCGCACGCCCAAGCCAUCGACGUUGCCCGGCUGCAGCACGAAGCCAAGCUCCUCGAGAUGCAGCACGUGGUGCGGGAUUUAUCAAGCGUCUUCGCGUCAGCCCUCGAUCGGUACAAGGUGCGCCUCGACGACAGGCUGGCGGAAGCGCGGCUGCGGUGCUCGUCCGAGGAAGCCUCGUGGCGAGAGAUGGUGCACGAUGAACGGUCGGCGACGCUGCACGCCGAGCUUGGUGCGCUCAAGCGAGCCGAAGAGACCGCUACGCAAGCGCACAGGACAACCAUGCAGGCGACGCAAGCACAGUGGAGCACUCACGUCCGAAACUUGGAAAUGGAAGUCGAAGACAUUGCGAGCUUCCACGAUCGGCUGUGUGCCAACGCCAAGGCAGCGUUCGACGACGCGAUCCGUCGCCUGGAGGCACGCCAAGCAAGCACGGAGACGCAGACGCUACGCGAGAAGGCUGAACUUGACGCCAUGGCGCUGGCCGAAGCCGAGGUCAUUGCCGAGCUCCAAGCAUCCAUGGUGGUCGCGUCGGCCGCGGCGAAUCGGGCGCGCCAAGCUGAGCUGCAAGAGGCGUACGCAGCCCAGUUGCGCGAGUUACUGCACUGGCGACAGCGCAGAGAGAACCUCGAGGCGACGUAUGCGGCCGAGAUGGACGAUCUCCAGAGCGCGUGCCUCCGACUGCUGCAGACAACCGACGUACAACCUGCGCGAUCCCACAUGACGUUUGCCCGACGAAAACUCGUGCAAGCGCGCGUCGGAAUCGCGCUGGCUCGCGAAGGCGACCAUCGGGCGAGCAAAGAGCACGAAACAAACUUGGCGGCCAUCACGGACCUCGCGAUUGAGUGCCGGAGCAACAUGGAGAUGGCGCUGGAAGACCCAGCCCGUGCGUUGUAUGAUGAUGACGAUCGCUUGGACGAGCUCGACGAGCUGGAGGAUGAGCCAGCCAAAGUGCACCCGCUGGAGCAGGCAGCGACGUUCGUCGAGGACGCGAAGGAAGCUGCACCCAGCUUGACGCCACUCGUGCUCGAUCCAAAGGCCUUGCCGGCACUCUGCUGUGUGCGUCCCGCGCUGUCGAGUAACGAGGCCGAGAUCCUGCAUACUCUGACUCUGCAGGGGAGUCUUAUGGAGCGCAUGGAGGCCGAGCGCCGGUCGUUCAAACUGCGUUGCGACGAGUACAGCCGUGGCAUGAGCAAACUCCAAGCAGCACUGCGGGCAAGUGAAGAGAUGGCGGCUGCUGCGGACGCAAAGGCGCGGAACGACGCCGAGACGAUUGCGCUGCUACAGGAGAAGGUCAAGCUCCUCGUCGUCGAGCUCCCGCCGUCCCCGACUGCCGUGCCCCUCGUGCUGCCGAAAGAAGCGACAGUCGAGAGCUCAAACAACACCACGCUGCUCCGUGGCUGGAAAUCAUAG